CAAACCACGACAAAACCACAUGCCAUUUGCUGCUUGUCAAACAGUAACACGUCCGAUCAGAGCACAACGGUGUCCAGCAAGGCUCUCUCUCUCUCCUCUCUCCUCCUCCUCCUCCUCACCUCUCCUCUCCCCCGCCUUAGAUACCUGGGCUCAGGCGGCACAUCACACAUAAGGAUGGCUGCUCCCCUUUCUUCUACGCCCGUCGGGCCACCCUUCCUUGCCACCUUCCGGGCGAACUCUAUAAACACAGCCUCUCAUUACUUGAAUCUGAUAAUCUGCAAACCGCCGUGAUACUCACAUACUCGCUCACUAACACUGAGUGGGCAUGGCACACUUCUCCAGUAACAACUCCAGCAACCCGUUCUCAUGGGCCGGGCAAGCGGUCGAUGACCCUUUCGGCCAGAAGUGGCUGCCCAACACCGAUGGCCACGACGACCCGGCUGCGCAGCCUGCCGGGCCCGCCCGUCUUCUUAGCACCGACGCCCCGAGGAACGACGCGUCUCUGAUCAAGGAUUUCAAUGACGAGCUUCCAGACCAUGAGGCCCAGGAUGGUCUUCUCAGCCAAUCCUCUUGGCUGCUUGUCAACGGAGCUGCCGCCGAUCACACAGACCUCCCGUUCGACCUCGCCAUCGGUAACGGCAUCGAUUUUGACGUGGCCAAGCCCGCCUCGUACGACCUCGCCCGGACUAGCAGCCAGGCAAGCUCUACAGGAGUAGACGACGACGACCUGCAUGAUUUUGCCUUCAGCACCUGCUAUGGCGACGACAUCGUGAACGACUCCAACAGCCCGGCGACGAGCUUCUCCGAUGUGCUUCUAUCCGCGAACCCCUCCUUGGAGAACAGCCCUGUUUCCUCUCGAUGCCCCUACCUCAGCAUGCAUACAGGCAGCCCUGGGCCCGCUAUCCCUUCAUGGUCAAGGAACACAACAAAUGCCUCUCGCCCAUCCGUCGCCAACGUCAACAGUAACAGCAACAGCAGCCUUUUCCCGGGCAUUGGCCCCGCAGGUAUGCCCGGAAGCUUUCCGAGACAGAAUGUCAGCGCGUUAUCGAUGGGCCUGGCAGACCAAGGCUUGCAUCCGACUAGUACCAGUCCUUCUUCGGAAUACUUUGAGCAGUGGAGUUCACAGGCCGGCGACGAUUCCAUUGACGCUCUCGGUAUGAACAUAUGGAACGGCCUGGCCCUCCCGGAGGGCUUCUUUCCAUCAAUGGAGAGCCAGCUGGGUCCUUCGUUCGUCAUUGUUCCUCCCGAGACUCCUGACGUGGCCAUGGGCGGGCUGGACGACGCCACGGUACCCGAGACGCAAGCGCCCUCCCAGACACAUCCCAUCGACUACUACCUCUCGGCAAACUACGCGGCCGCCCAACCGACGGAGCCCCGAAGCGUACCCGCCAGGCCGAUCUCGCAGGCUCUUAUAGCGACCGGGGCAAACCGCCUGUCGGUCCCGGCCCGCCGACGUCGCCGGACAUCAGACCCGGUCCGUAUGAAUGCUCAGCACAGAGGGCAAGCCUCGGCUUCUCGGCUCUAUCCGAUCAUGAGUGGCUCGGGCUUGGUUUCACCCCGGGGAAGCCCUUCUUUGAAUCACAGGACCCGGUUCGCCUCGCCAGUGGAUAAUCCUCGCUUUCAGCGACUACGCCCAACCGAGCCUUCAAGAGAUUCAGGGGUAACGCUGCCCAUGCCAAUUGCCUCUCGGCCCGGAAGGUCAGGCAACCCGACUGCAUUUCUCGACGGCGAGAGCAUGAUGGUCCGGCCGGGUCGACCGGGAACUAUGCGUGGACGCCGCAGUGGGCCAAUGGAUCCAGUCUCCCGUGGCCAGGCCAAGGAAACGCGGAACAAGAAGAUGGUGUGCAUCCGGUGCAAGCAUUCCAAGCAAAAGUGCAAUCGCAGUGACGAGUCCCUCGACGGCGCUUGCGUCGGAUGCGAGAGACACGGCGGUUCUCAGAGGUGGCCGGGGCCAUGCGUCAAGGCUCACUUCGAGGAUCUCAUCCUCUCGGGCUCGUGUAACUACGUCUCUUCGCAUGCCAUCUACCAUCCGACACUUGACGGUACCACGCGCAUUCGCAGGGUGCUCCCUAAACAUAUUAAUGUUAAGGAAGUAAUAACGAGGUUGGAUCGCGUCCGUCGGCAGUUUAACUUUAAGGUCUACCAAGAAGGCGAGCCCCUCUACGUCCUCGACCUAGACGCUUGCCACGAAUACCUCCAGGGUCUUAGACAGCAGAUGGAUACUACGAUAUUCAAGUUCUCGACCUUUAUCAACCGGGAGAUCCUGCGGACAGACACGAGGAACGACGACUGGGAGCGGUGCAUGACGCAGACCACGACGGGCGAUUUGCUGACACUGCUCUGCAACAUCAACAACAUGCCCAGCCGCGCGAGCUUCUCCUACGUGGCAAAACCCUACUACGCGGCUCCGGGGGCCGCUGCGGAACGGCCCAUCAACGUCGAGGACCCGGACGAAGCGGACAAUCUCGUACUUGCCGCCCAGCUCUCGCGCAUCAUUUGCCGCAAGCUCGAGGUCAAGGCAUACCAGCACCUGCAGCGCCUCCUGCACGAGUGGGGGACGAUGGACGACGACAAGGUGUUGCCGUUCCUGCAGAGCCUGGGCCGCAUCCUCUUGACGCUGCGCUGGCGGCUAUCCUGGUGGAGCGAGGUCCCCGAAAACGUCAGCGUGGGCGACGAUGAGUUCGACGACGAGGAAGACGAAGAUGCAAGUCGGCGACACGCCGAAUUACGGGUCCAUACCCUGUGCCGAGUGCUGUAUUUCUACUACUGCUGCGUUCGUAGACGCUUGCCUGUGUGGACGAACAUCGACACGCUGCGCGGCAUCCACUCCAGGUACCCCGACACGGAGGCGAAGGUUCGGGACGACUUUCCCGGCGAUGAGAGCCUUGCUGGGUUCGAGACGUGGAUGAGCCGGGGCAGACAGCUCAUUGCCGAAGCCGGAGUGGUGAGCCGACUCCGAUCGAUGGGACUGGUGGCGUAGCCUUUUCGAGUUUCCUGGUACUUGGCUGAGAACGGGCUCGGCUUUCUUCUUUUUUUUUUCUUCACUUCCUCCCCCCCUUCUCAAUUUCUUCUCAAUUUUUUCUUGGAGUUAUUUAUAUGUAUAAGACUCCGGUAUAGUGCCUCCAUCAUUUGCAUCCCCGAUGUUGUAGGUGCGAACGGCAGGGUUUUUCUUUUCUUUCUAAACUUCCUGCCGGGGAGAGGAUCAUUGGCGUUGGUGGCUUCGAGGACGGGGACACCAGCGUUUCUGGGUGGAAGACGGCACACUCACUCGUUGCGGAUGGAGGGAAAAAAAACAGGGCGUCUCCAUGGUUGUUUUUGUGGUUGUUUUUGUGGUUGUUUUGUGCGAGAUACCAUAGUCCCCGAAAACGUUUACUCAAAGGGCAGGCGUCUGUUGUCUUUCUACAUCAUCAGUCAACGAGACGUAUUUUCUAAUGUACCAUAAUCUUCCACGGUCCAUGCCCCAUCUCUGUUGUUGUGUGUACAGCCUCUCAACUCUGAGCCUGGAAAACAAUGGGUGUGCUUGAACGGUGGCGGUGGGGGUUCAAGGUAUUCUAGCAGUGCUUCCUAGAGGGGUGGGGGGGGCGCUGAGUAGCGGAGCGAACCCAGAACAAGGUUGCUUCAGAUACGGCCGAUUCUCUUCAUCGCAGCGUGUGUUCAAUGACUGAAAUCAAGACUGUACACAGAGCUCUUCCCAUUGAGAUACUUCCUUGUCGGAAAGGGCUGUGCCUUCUCCCUCCUCCCCCGUCCUCCUUAUGAUGUACGGAUCCAGACUCCUCUCCAUCCAAGCACAUCGAUAGUGUAAGACUGGGAUUGAUCCUCUUUUGUUUCAAAGCCAACCCAUCUUGAACCUCGGGGCUGGAUACCUAUUCACGAAGCUCCUCCGGUGAUGACUGUUCCCAGUUCUCUGAUAUUUGGUAAAUCCAGAGCCCUCGAGGAUUUAUGAAAAUUGAUGGUGCUCGGCACGAUUAUGGUGAACUCGUUGGAGGUAGGCGAAGGAGAGGACGUGGCUGGUUGAACGACACUGCUCUGUGACUAAGAAAUAAAUGGCGUUGAGAGAAUUGGCGGUUUUUGGACAUCAACUCCGAAUCCUCAAUGGCCAACUCUGGCCACCGUAGCGGACAUGACAGCCUACUCUCGUCACACUCCAUUGCAUGAUUUUGGCUGCCUUCAGCAAACGUCGCCUGAGGAGGGGGAACGUUGAAAUAUCGGUAGUUGUGUG